AUGAGCGUGAUAUUACUUGCGAUUCCAACGAUUCUCAUCGGAUUUUUGAGGUUUUUUCCAUUCUUUUUCAACACUUUCUCAAUCUGAACCCUUUUCCAGCUACUUCCUGUUCACAUGGACAUAUUGGCGUCGACGUGGCAUCCCCGGACCCAUGGGCUUUCCGAUUCUCGGCGUCUUCAUGAAAACGCUGGACAGCCAGAACCCGCCGUACCUGCAGCUGAAAAAAUGGACAAAAGAGUACGGAAGCGUGUACGGAUUCACGGAGGGAACCAUCAAGACACUGGUCAUUUCGGAUCCGGACAUGAUUCAGGAGGUGUUCCUCAAACAGUACGACAACUUUUACGGACGCAAACUGAAUCCGAUCCAGGGAGAUCCGGACAAGGACAAGCGGAUCAAUUUGUUCAACGCGCAGGGAUUCCGAUGGAAAAGAUUGAGAGCGAUAUCGAGUCCCACGUUUUCGAAUAACAGUCUGAGAAAAAUCAACGAGACGGUGGAGGAUUGUGCGAUGGAAUUGUUGAGACACAUUGAGGAGCAGACGGCCGGAGGGCAACAGAUUGACAUGUUGGAGUGAGUUGAGGGUUUGCAUAAGCGUAGUGAGACAAAUAUCUCUUGUUUUCUAGGCCAACACAAUCGUUAUAAGCCUCUGUUUUCCAGAUUCUAUCAAGAGUUCACAAUGGAUGUGAUCGGUCGAAUUGCGAUGGGCCAAAUCGGAUCCCUGCAAUUCAGAAAUCCACUGUUGAAACAUGUCAAAGCGGUACUUACAUUCGUUUCAGUCUUUCAAACUUUAUCAUCAAUCUCAUCUUUAGAUUUUCGGUGAGGACCGCAAACACAUCUUCCUCAUUGGCGGAAUUCUGCCCGCAUUCGCCCAGUUUUUCCGAUUCUUCAUGCUGAAACUGCCGUUUCUCGGCGCCGGACACUUUAUUCACAUCACGGAAACCAUGGUCGCGGCGGUGCAGAAUCGGAUGAAACAGAGAGAAGAGGACGGAAAACGGGGCAUCGAGGCGGGGGAGCCGCAGGAUUUCAUCGAUCUGUUCCUGGAUGCGCGUGCGGAUGAAGUGCAACACUUUGGGGAGGGAAAUGAGGAUUUCAGCAAGAGCAGUAGCUAUGUGAGUACUCAUAUCCGUGUAAAUCUAUGUAAUUGAGUUACAGACGAAUCGUCAAUUGACUACAGAGGAGAUUGUGAGUCAACUAUCAGUUUUCCUCAUCGCUGGCUUCGACACAACCGCCCUUUCGCUCUCUUUUUCCACGUUUUUGUUGGCCACUCAUUCGGAAAUUCAACAAAAAGUGCGAGAAGAAGUGGACAAAGAGUGUCCGGACCCCGAAAUUUCAUUCGAUCAACUGACAAAGCUGAAAUAUUUGGACUGUGUCAUCAAAGAGACCCUCCGGUUGUAUCCACUGGGAACACUGUAAGUUUCACUUUACUUUUUAGUGAAACCAACCUUAUCCGCUUCAGUGCCAACUCGCGGAAGUGCAUGAGAGCCACCCAGCUCGGCGACGUAUCGAUAGAACCGGGAACGAUGAUCCAAGUGGACACGUGGACCGUGCACACGGAUCCGUCGAUCUGGGGCGCGGACGCGGAGUCAUUCCGGCCGGAAAGAUGGGAAGGCGCGGCGGAGCAGCAUAAAAGCGGCGGCUACAUUCCAUUCGGACUGGGACCGCGACAAUGCAUCGGAAUGCGGCUCGCUUAUAUGGAGGAGAAGCUGCUCCUGGCUCAUCUCCUCCGCAAGUACACCUUCCAGCCGGGCGCCCGCACUCGCAUCCCGCUCAAGUUGGUCGGAAGGGCCACCACGCAGCCGGACAGUGUUUGGAUGCAUCUCAAAGCGAGGGAAUAA